AUGGAGUUGAUUCUUUUCUCGUCGUGUCAUGGUGGAGUAGAAGACACAACAUGCCACAAAACGAGUAUAUUGAGCGUCAUCGCAAAUUGUACGGCCGCAGACUCGAUUAUGAAGAACAGGGCUGCCACUGCAAGAACUCUUCGUGGUAUUAAAGCAAAGAUUUUCAAUAAGGAACGUAGAAAUGAAAAGAUACAAAUGAAAAAGAAGAUUAAGGCACAUGAAGAGAAGAAAAUCAAGAAGACCACAGAGAAAGUUGCAGAAGGUGCUCUGCCAGUAUAUCUAUUGGAUCGUGAUGUUCAAUCCAGAGCCAAGGUUUUAUCAAACAUGAUAAAACAGAAACGUAAAGAGAAGGCUGGAAAAUGGGAUGUUCCUAUACCUAAAGUAAGAGCACAAGCAGAUGCUGAGGUUCUUAAGGUGGUUAAAUCAGGAAAAACAAAGAGAAAGGCCUGGAAACGUAUGGUGACCAAAGUUACAUUUGUUGGUGAAGGUUUUACCAGAAAACUACCUAAGUUUGAAAGAUUUAUUAGACCAAUGGCUCUUAGAUUUAAAAAGGCACAUGUCACACAUCCUGAACUAAAAGCUACAUUCUGUCUACCUAUAAUUGGAGUCAAGAAAAAUCCCAGCUCAACAAUGUUUACAAGCUUGGGUGUUAUUACUAAAGGUACCGUAAUUGAAGUUAACAUUUCUGAAUUAGGUUUAGUGACACAAGCUGGUAAAGUAGUUUGGGGUAAAUAUGCCCAAGUCACAAACAACCCAGAAAAUGAUGGAUGUAUAAAUGCUGUUCUUUUAGUUUAG